AUGAAUUGGACUCCCAUUAUUACAAGAGUCCUCCGAUUGAGGACACAAAGUUCAUUCUUAUCAUUCACAAGACUUCAAUCAACUCUAUCGCCUACUGAACCCUUAAAAAUCGCAUUCUUUGGCAGUGAUGAAUUCAGCGUUGCCAGUCUCAAUAAACUCCAUCAAUUACAACAACAACAACCCACAAAGAUCGAUUCUAUUCAUGUUAUAACUAGAAGCAUAAAACCAAAAGGAAGAGGGCUCAAAAUAUACGCCGACUUACCAAUUGGGACAUUCUCCACUGAUAUUGGCAUACCCAUAUUACGAGCAGACACAUCAACAGAAAUCCUAGAUACCCUCAAACAACAUGAGUUUUCAAUUGCAAUUGCUGUUUCAUAUGGGAAAUUAAUACCCGGGAAGUUUAUCAAAAGUUGUAAAUAUGGCGGAUUGAACGUUCAUCCGUCCGUAUUGCCUAAAUAUUCCGGCUCGGCUCCACUUCAAUAUGCCCUCAUUAACGACGACCAAUUUACAGGAUGUACUGUACAAACAUUACAUCCAAGCAAAUUUGAUCAUGGUGAUAUAAUUUUACAAAAAGGAGAGGUUCCAAUCCGCGAUGAAGAUAAUUAUAUUAGUUUGAGAGACAGAUUAGGUGAAAUUGGAGGGGAACUAUUAGCGCAGACUAUUAAUCAAGGAUUAUAUCUCAAACCAGCUCAUCUUCAUGAAAAUCUCAACCACAGUGAAUUUUCACUCGCAUCAAAGAUUCCUAGUUCUAAGAGUCAAGCAUUAUGGGAUCAAUUGCUGACUAGACAGAUAAAAAGAUUAUAUGAUGCUCUUGGACCUUUAUUUACGUUUAUUCAAGUGGAUAUAACAAGAAAGAAGAAACAUAUUUAUGAGAAACAAAGGGUGAUUCUUUCUGAAAUAAAAGAAUUGAAGGAGGAUGAUUAUACCCAAGAGUUAAUACAAGAUUUGUCUAAGCCAGGAGAUUUCACAUUGGGAAGACUGGGAUUAAUCAUAAGAGCCAGCGAUGGCUAUGUUUCAGCAGGAAGAAUCACAAUGCAAGCUCAACAAGAGGAGAGUCCAGAACGAUUCUUGGGGUCAUACAAUAAGAAAGUUGGAAAUACACCCAAACAGUUCUUGGUGCAGGAUGUAUAA